CAGCAGUGCUGGAGCCGUGAGGAGAUUCGGGCCGUCACCCCCACCUCCCCUGGGUCCCGCCACCGACCGUCUUCGUCCUCGGACCUAUUCCAACAACCUCUUGAAACAUGGUGGAUUACUAUGAAGUUCUAGGCGUACAGAGACAUGCCUCACCCGAGGAUAUUAAAAAGGCAUAUCGGAAACUGGCACUGAAGUGGCACCCAGAUAAAAAUCCUGAGAAUAAAGAAGAAGCAGAGAGAAAAUUCAAACAAGUGGCAGAGGCCUAUGAGGUGCUGUCAGAUGCUAAGAAACGGGACAUCUAUGAUAAAUACGGCAAAGAAGGAUUAAAUGGUGGAGGAGGAGGUGGAAUUCAUUUUGACAGUCCAUUUGAAUUUGGCUUCACAUUCCGAAACCCAGAUGAUGUCUUCAGGGAAUUUUUUGGUGGAAGGGACCCAUUUUCAUUUGACUUCUUCGAAGACCCUUUUGAGGACUUCUUGGGGAAUCAAAGGGGUCCCCGAGGAAGCAGAAGCCGAGGGACGGGGUCGUUCUUCUCUGCGUUCGGUGGAUUUCCAUCUUUUGGAAGUGCAUUUCCUUCUUUUGAUACAGGAUUUACUUCAUUUGGGCCACUGGGUCACGGAGGCCUCACUUCAUUUUCUUCUGCGUCAUUUGGCGGUAGUGGGAUGGGCAACUUCAAAUCGAUAUCAACUUCAACUAAAAUAGUUAAUGGCAGAAAAAUCACUACAAAGAGAAUUGUCGAGAAUGGUCAAGAAAGAGUAGAAGUUGAAGACGGCCAGUUAAAGUCCUUAACAAUAAAUGGGAAGGAGCAGCUGCUGCGCUUGGAUAACAAGUAAUUCAACGCAUGCGCUUAACAGAAAUGUUAAACUAUAACAAGCACCAUUUGAGGAUUAACAGGAACAUUUUUUUGAAGAUUCCAAACGAACUCGACUUUCAGUAUAAUUGUACCUAAAGUAUUUAUAAACAGCUCAUUGGAGCCUCUGUUUGUCAUAGACUUUUGAGUUUAUUGUUGGGACCACAUAAUAGGAACAUUUUUUUUUUUUGUCUUUAAAUUUGUUGUAAAUCUCUGUAUGCACUUUGCUUUUUUAUUAAACGUACUCCAAGGUGAGUCUUGACUCUUUAGUGUAGGACAAGAUUGUACAC